GUUGAUUUUUUUGCACGUCCACUAAUAUCUUUAUGUGAACUUUUUUUUUAUAUUAUUCUCUUGACCAGUUAACUUGGCCAGCAAAAAUCGAAACUUUGUCAUCGGCUCCAGAAGAGAAAUAUGGGGCCCAGGCUAGAAACAGAAAAAAAAAUUUUUUUUCUUAGAAACCAUUUCGCAUGUCUUCCACUAACAACAUCGUUUCUUCUUCCUCUGCAGUUAGCACUAGCAGGAAACGCACUCGUGACGAAGUAGAGAGCACUCCCAACGUUAACGAGGUGUCAUCGAGUACUCAAUCCGAUCCAAACGAGUACCGUGGCAGGCUAGUGCCUUUCAAACCAGUGUCCACGGAAAACCUGUUAAGUGUAUAUAGUAAACUUUUCCUGGAUCCGUACCAGUGUUCAAUCCGCGGGCGGUCUGACCCUUUGCCAGCCGAGUAUCAGGACGGGGAUGAAGUCUAUCCUCGAGAAUGGUUGGUACUCGAGGGUCAAGAGGCAAGGACACCCAAGGGCCAUGUGCUAAAGCGUGAAGGCUUCACGCUAUUCCGUCUGCAUGAGCCAUCGUUGUUCAAGCAGUUGGAGAAGCUCAAGCUUCGGCUGGUCUCGGAGGAGGAUUGGGAGACCGCCAAAAAAGCAAGGGCUACUCUGCAACAACAACAUAGAGUGGCUGAGGCGCCUGUGGUUGCAAGCACCACAGAGUCAAUGCAG